GCGGUGACGGUGGCGGUGGCGGCGUCCGAGGGGAGCGGCGCCUGUGGAGCCAGCAUCCACCCCCAUCCCCGUCCCCGGAGCUCCGAGUGCCGCCGCGGCUUCCCCCGCCAUGGAGCCCGCCGUGUCGCUGGCCGUGUGCGCGCUGCUCUUUCUGCUCUGGGUCCGCGUGAAAGGGCUGGAGUUCGUGCUCAUCCACCAGCGCUGGGUGUUCGUGUGCCUCUUCCUCCUGCCGCUCUCGCUCAUCUUCGACAUCUACUACUACGUGCGCGCCUGGGUCGUGUUCCGCCUGAGCAGCGCGCCCAGGUUGCACGAGCAGCGCGUGCGGGACAUCCAGAAGCAGGUGCGGGAAUGGAAGGAACAAGGCAGCAAGACCUUCAUGUGCACAGGCCGUCCUGGCUGGCUCACUGUCUCACUGCGGGUUGGGAAAUACAAGAAGACGCACAAAAACAUCAUGAUCAACCUAAUGGACAUUCUGGAAGUAGACACCAAGAAACAGAUCAUCCGCGUGGAGCCCCUGGUGAGCAUGGGUCAGGUGACCGCCCUGCUGACCUCCAUCGGCUGGACCCUCCCUGUGGUGCCCGAGCUGGAUGACCUCACAGUAGGGGGUUUGAUCAUGGGCACCGGCAUCGAGUCUUCGUCCCACAAGUACGGCCUUUUCCAGCACAUCUGCACAGCCUAUGAGUUGGUCCUGGCUGAUGGCAGCUUCGUGCGCUGCACACCUUCAGAAAACUCAGACCUAUUCUACGCCGUGCCCUGGUCCUGUGGCACCCUGGGCUUCCUGGUAGCUGCCGAAAUUCGCAUCAUCCCCGCCAAGAAAUACGUCCAGCUGCGGUUGACGCCCGUACGAGGCCUGGAGAAGAUCUGUGAGCACUUCACACGCGAGUCCCAGCGGCCCGAGAACCACUUCGUGGAGGGGCUGCUCUACUCACUGGAUGAGGCUGUCAUCAUGACAGGGGUCCUGAUGGACGAGGCUGAACCCAGCAAGCUAAACAGCAUUGGCAAUUACUACAAGCCCUGGUUCUUCAAGCACGUGGAGAACUACCUGAAGACAAACCAGGAGGGCCUGGAGUACAUUCCCCUGAGGCACUACUACCAUCGGCACACGCGCAGCAUCUUCUGGGAGCUGCAGGACAUCAUCCCCUUUGGCAACAACCCCGUCUUCCGCUACCUCUUUGGCUGGAUGGUGCCCCCCAAAAUCUCCCUUCUGAAGCUGACUCAGGGCGAAACCCUGCGCAAGCUAUACGAGCAACACCACGUGGUACAGGACAUGCUGGUGCCCAUGAAGUGUCUGAUUCAGGCCCUGCACACCUUCCACAACGACAUCCACGUCUACCCCAUCUGGUUGUGCCCCUUCAUCCUGCCCAGCCAGCCAGGCCUGGUGCACCCCAAAGGAGAUGAGACUGAGCUCUACGUGGACAUUGGAGCAUACGGGGAGCCUCGUGUGAAGCAUUUUGAAGCCAGGUCCUGCAUGAGGCAGCUGGAGAAAUUUGUCCGCAGUGUGCACGGGUUCCAGAUGCUCUAUGCAGACUGCUACAUGAACCGGGAGGAGUUCUGGGAGAUGUUUGAUGGCUCCCUGUACCACAAGCUGCGGAAGCAGCUGGGCUGCCAGGAUGCCUUCCCCGAGGUGUACGACAAGAUCUGCAAGGCUGCCAGACACUGAGGCAGAGCCCCCCAGAGACAUAGCUGUGGGGCAAGUCCCUCACACCCAGGAGAUGUCUUCCCUUCACUCAGGCUUGGCUGCUCUCCCAGACCACACGUACAGAACAAACCCCCUCCUGCCCUCCUGCCUAGGCCACUCCCAACUCCCCAGUUAUGGGGAGGAUAGGACACAGGAACUCAUCGGGAAGUCUGAGUCCAGCUCCCCAUUCAGCCUCUCAUUUUCUGGGUGGCUCCCUCCAGUCUCUGAGCACGGCACCUGCCCUUGCAGGAGAUGGCAGAUCUUGGGGGCGUCCACGAUGACUUCCUGUUCACCUGGCAUCUGAGAGCUUUAGGCUCGGGUUUGAGUUGGAAGGCUGCUCAGUCGAGUCACCUGGCCCGGGUUUGGCUGGAAUGAUGAAGGGGACGCCCCGGAGUUGCACGUCAUGGCUCAGGUCUGCUGAAGACCCCCUGGGAGGAGGAAGAAGGCCUCUGCACAGGCCAGGGCUCAGAAGGGCAGCAGGUGGGAAAGGCUGCCCCCUGCUGUGCCAAAGUCUUCAUAGCUGUCAGAGACCUGCUCCUUCCUCCUGUCCCCAGCCACCUCUGAGUCUGGAGGGCGUGCCACCAAGCAAGACCCAGGUGGACCAUCUUUCUGCUUCAAGUUGCACCCCAUGGACCCGGGUGAUCCCUACCCUCCCACUCGACUUACCUCUUGGCCCCCCAGUGCACGUCGCCACAGUGUGUGGAGGAAGGUGUCCACACUGAGCAGGCACCCAUGUGGGUGGGGCCCAUGAGGGUACACUCCAGGUUGGAAGGAAAACAUCGACUUGAUCUUAUGCUCCCCUCAUCCUUCCGUCCCCGUCCCCC